UCUAGUUCUGAUAGGAUUGGGAGUUUCCUCCUCUCUCUACACCCAAAGCCGUGGGCGGGGUCACGUGAGUGGCUGAGGGACCGUUGGGAAGGCCGAGGCCUCAUCCGGGUGAGAGAAGGAAGGAAGGAAGGAAGGAAGGAAGGAAGGAAGGGCGCUGAGGUAAAAAGAUCAUAGACUGGAUAGACAGAUAAUAAUACAUAAUAAUAUUGUAAUGGGCAAAGGGUCAAGGUUUCCCCCUAAUACUAAUAUUGUGCUAUGCUAAUCAGAUAAUAUAUACAGAUAAUAAUCUAUAUAUAUAAAAGAGUGAUGGCAUCACAGCAAUUCACAAAACAACAAAAGUACACGCCCCCCAACCUCAAAAUUUGACAACACAACCCAUCAUCCACGCCUCAAGGUUGAUACAACAAAAAGAAAAGAAAAAUAAAGUCCUAAUUAGAGGGAGAGCAAUAAUUUUUUUUAUCCAAUUGCUGCCAGUUUAGAGGGCUAAUCUCUGCCCACUUGGUUGCCUAGCAACCAAGGGACAGCCAGAUUUCAGUUAGGGGACAGGCAGAUUUAGGCCUCACUUAGACUUCUUCCACAGAUUAUCUAAUUUUCACUGGAUUAUAUGGCAGUGUAGACUCAGGGCCCUUCCACACAGCUAUAUAACCCAUUUAUAAUCUUAUAUUAUCUGCUUUGCACUGGAUUAUCUUGACUCCACACUACCAUAUAAUCCACUUCAGUGUGCAUUUUAUACAGCUGUGAAGAAGGAGCCUCAUAUAAUCCAGUUCUAAGCAGAUAAUUUAAGAUUAGAAAUAUACAGUAGAGUCUCACUUAUCCAACGUAAACAGGCCGGCAGGAUAAGUGAAUAUGUUGGAUAAUAAGAAGGGAUUCAGGAAAAGCCAAUUAAACAUCAAAUUAGGUAAUCGUUAUACAAAUUAAGCAACAAAACAUCAUAUUAUACAACAACCAAUCAGAAAUAUUGUAUAUUCACAACCUUUAGGAAAUAAUAUCCCCUGAUGGCGCAGCGUGUUAAAGCGCUGAGCUGCUGAACUUCUGGACCGAAAGGCCACAGGUUUGAAUUGGGGGAGCGGAGAGAGCCCCCACUGUUAGCCCCAGCUUCUGCCAACCCAGAAGUUUGAAAACAUGCAAAUGUGAGUGCAUCAAUAGGUACUGCUCCGGCGGGAAGGUAACGCCGCUCCAUGUAGUCAUCCCACAUGACCUUGGAGGAGUCUGCGGACAACGCCGGCUCUUCGGCUUAGAAAUGGAGAUGAGCACCAACCUCCAGAGUCAGACACGACUGGACUUAAUGUCUGGGGAAAACCUUUACCCUUGACCUUAACUACCACCAAUUCCUCAAUACUUUAUUUCCCAUACCACCAGACUUCGCCACAGCAACGCGUGGCCGGGCACAGCUAGUACAUAAUAAUAUUGUAAUGGGUAAAGGGUCAAGGUUUCCCCCUAAUACUAAUAUUGUGCUAUGCUAAUAAUAUAAUAGACUGUAUAUACAUAUAAUAAUACAUAAUAAUAUUGUAAUGGGUAAAGGGUCAAGGUUUCCCCCUAAUACUAAUAUUGUGCUAUGCUAAUAAUAUAAUAGACUGUAUAUACAUAUAAUAAUACAUAAUAAUAUUGUAAUGGGUAAAGGGUCAAGGUUUCCCCCUAAUACUAAUAUUGUGCUAUGCUAAUUAGAUAAUAGACUGUAUAUACAGAUAAUAAUACAUAAUAAUAUUGUAAUGGGUAAAGGGUCAAGGUUUCCCCCUAAUACUAAUAUUGUGCUAUGCUAAUCAGAUAAAAUACUGUAUAUACAGAUAAUAAUAUAUAAUCAUAUUGUAAUGGGUAAAGGUCAAGGUUUCCCCCUAAUACUAAUAUUGUGCUAUGCUAAUCAUAUAGAAUACUGUAUAUACAUAUAAUAAUAUAUAAUCAUAUUGUAAUGGGUAAAGGGUCAAGGUUUCUCCUAAUACAGUAGAGUCUCACUUAUCCAAGCCUCUGGAUUAUCCAAGCCAUUUUUGUAGUCAACGUUUUCAAUAUAUCGUGAUAUUUUGGUGCUAAAUUCAUAAAUACAGUAAUUACAAAAUAACAUUACUGCGUAUUGAACUACUUUUUCUGUCAAUUUUGUUGUAAAACAUGAUGUUUUGGUGCUUAAUUUGUAAAAUCAUAACCUAAUUUGAUGUUUAAUAGGGUCUUCCUUAAUCCCUCCUUAUUAUCCAAGAUAUUUGCUUAUCCAAGCUUCUGCCAGCCCAUUUAGCUUGGAUAAGUGAGACUCUACUGUUUCCAAAAGACCUCACCACUUCUGAGGAUGCUUUCCAUAGAUGUGGGCGAAACGUCAGGAGAGAAUGCUUCUGGAACAUGGGCAGGCAGCCGGAAAACUCAUCGCAACCGAAUGAUGCCAUUUGUUUCUAUGAGGGUUUCUUAAGCAUUGCCCAUCAGAGAGUAGUAGCAUCCCUCUCUGAGGUUCCCCCCAACCCUGGCCAAGUCCCUGCCCCCCUCGGGCUUCUCUGGCACCCACAAGCAGGGCCAGCCCUCCCUCCCUCCCUUCCUCCCUCACCUGCAGCAGGGACCCCCAGGCUCUUCUGGAGAAACUGCCCCCUUUCCGCAGUCCUGCUCCUUUAAGGCCAAGCCCCGCCUCUCUUUGGGCGCCUGCCUCCGCCUCCAUGACAGCGCCGGGCGGAAGUAGGCUUCCAAGGUGACGUCAUGGCAGGUGGCCCCGCCUCGUUCCCUUGGAGACAGACAGCGGACGGAAGUGAGGGGGCGCUUCCGGUUGGGCCCAGCCGAGGGAGAGGCGCCAACUCUUCGCGUGUUCCUCGGGAGCCUCGCGCGGACUCAGAACCCGGACCCUUCCCCCGGCAGAGAAGGCUGUCCUGCGGAAGGAGGGAGGCUGCAGGGUGGGAGUGGCAGAAGAGGCUCCAGGCUGAAGUGGAAAAGAACCUGCAGGUGCAGAAAGGUGACUUCUGAACAAGUUCUGCAAAGAACACAGCGUGAGAGCUUUGCCCGAGGAGUGCUCUAAGUCUAAAGUGACUUCAAGAUACACAGCAAUGACAACAAGAAAAAAUAAGUAGUAGAAAAAUAUAUUACAAGCUACAACCCUAUGCAGUUAAGAGGAGGAAAGAAGAUUGUGAUGAAAAAAAAAGAGGCUUGGAAAGCGAGCAGAAGGCUACAGCAAUACAAAGACUGUGCUGAUCGGGAGGUUAUAUCUGUGAACCCCUGGCAUAAUAUUUGAAUUAUAAAUAUAAAAGAAUGGCAAGUCCUCUACCUCCCUAUCCUAAAUCACGCACAGGGGAGAAGUUGCAUCAGUGUAUGGAAUGUGGGAAACAAUUUGAUUGGAAAAGUUCUCUUACUAGACAUGAACGGACCCACACAGGGGAGAAGCCCUAUAAAUGCAUGGAAUGUGGAGGAAGCUUCAGUCAGAGUGGCAGUCUACGUUCCCAUCAAAGGACCCACAUAGGGGAGAAGCCCUAUAAAUGCAUGGAAUGUGGAGGAAGCUUCAGUCAGAGUGGCAGUCUACGUUCCCAUCAAAGGAAGCACAUAGGGGAGAAGCCAUAUAAAUGCAUGGAAUGUGGAGAAAGCUUCAGUUGGAGUGGCAGUCUACGUUCCCAUCAAAGGACCCACACAGGGGAGAAGCCCUAUAAAUGCAUGGAAUGUGGAAAGAGCUUCAGUCAGAGUGGCCAUCUACGUUCCCAUCAAAGGACCCACACGGGGGAGAAACCACAUAAAUGCUUGGAAUGUGGAGAAAGCUUCAGUCGCAGUGACAGCCUACGUUCCCAUCAAAGGAAGCACACAGGGGAGAAGCCCUAUAAAUGCAUGGAAUGUGGAAAGAGCUUCAGUCAGAGUGGCCAUCUACGUUCCCAUGAAAGGACCCACACAGGGGAGAAGCCAUAUAAAUGCAUGGAAUGUGGAGAAAGCUUCAGUUGGAGUGGCAGCCUACGUUCCCAUCAAAGGAAGCACACAGGGGAGAAGCUCUAUGAAUGCAUGGAAUGUGGGAAGAGCUUCAGUCAGAGUGGCCAUCUACGUUCCCAUCAAAGGACCCACACGGGGGAGAAGCCAUAUAAAUGCAUGGAAUGUGGAGAAAGCUUCAGUCACGGAAGUCUACGUUCCCAUCAAAGGAAGCACACAGGGGAGAAGCCACAUAAAUGCAUGGAAUGUGGAAAAAGUUUCAGUGAGAUUGGCAAUCUGCGUUCCCAUCAAAGGACCCACACAGGGGAGAAGCCACAUAAAUGCAUGGAAUGUGGACAAAGCUUCAGUCGGAGUGGACAUCUACGUUCCCAUGAAAGGACCCACACAGGGGAGAAGCCAUAUAAAUGCAUGGAAUGUGGAGAAAGCUUCAGUUGGAGUGGCAGCCUACGUUCCCAUCAAAGGAAGCACACAGAGGAGAAGCCAUAUAAAUGCAUGGAAUGUGGAGAAAGCUUCAGUUGGAGUGACAGCCUACGUUCCCAUCAAAGGAAGCACACAGGGGAGAAGCCCUAUAAAUGCAUGGAAUGUGGAGAAAGCUUCUGUCAGAGAAGCAGUCUAUGUUCCCAUAAAAUGACCCACACGGGGGAGAAGCCCUAUAAAUGCAUGGAAUGUGGAGAAAGCUUCCGUCGGAGUGACAGUCUACGUUCCCAUCAAAGGAAGCACACAGGAGAGAAGCCAUAUGAAUGCAUGGAAUGUGGAAAGAGCUUCCGUUGGAGUGGCAGUCUACAUUCCCAUCAAAAGACUCACUUGGGAGAUGCCAUAUAAAUGCAUAGAAUUUGGAGAAGGCUUCAGUCAGAGUGACCAUCUGCAUUUCCAUCAAAGGACCCACACAGGGGAGAAGCCAUAUAAAUGUACCGAAUGUGAAAAGAGCUUUAGAAAAAGUUCAGCAUACAGUAGACAUCACAG